AUGAUUCUCACGUCUCACAACACCUUAAACCGUACCCAAGGCUCUACGUCUCAAAACACCCCGCCGCAGCCGAUGCCUGGCAGAGGCUUCUCGUUAGACUCGGUAUCGUCCGACCUUCACAACUUCCCCUUCGCACUCGGAUACACACCCUCACGGCUCGCUCAGCCGCCAGCCUCGCCCGUUCGUCGACGCUCACAGAGAACCGCCGGCGCCCGCGACGACAUCGUGACACUGCUACACGAAAUCAUGACGACCCCCGAGCACAGUGGCUUCGAGACACUGAGCGAUGAUGAAGACGAUAUGAUCGAAAUCGUCUCAGCGAGGCCGAGUAGGCCCGCCAGCGCCGUCUCCACGCCGCCACUCACCCUUCCGCUGCCUGGCAGCCGGCCCUCGUCGAUUGGUGCCGUGCGCAGGAGGCAACAACAGCACGUAACAUCACGACAUCCUCCACAGGUGCCCCAGCAGAAUGAUGCCGUUAUUGAUCUUACGGAAGAGCCUGACUCGCCGGUUGAGGUGCGGCUGCCGCGAACAGCCAGUACCGGAGAGGCAACCGCACGACUUCCACCGAUUCGCCCCCACCGCCAUCCUCGCCGUACAAACUCACAACGGCUCACGCCACCACGGCUCUCCCGCAGUGAAAGUAUCAUGCUUGCCUCGGAAACUAGUUUUAUCGAUCUUACUGGCGAUGAUGAUACUGCCAACACCACGAACAAUAACGAGCCGCCCCGUCGCAGCAAUCGCAAUCACCAGCGUCCCAUGAUACCACAGCAUCCUGACAGCACUGGCGGCACCGACCAUCUCGUGGAUUUUGAGUUCUUGAAUCCGCGCCAAGCUAUUCGCUAUGGCUUUGCGUCGUCAUUUGCCCGGGGCUUUGGCCGCACGCUCGCCGACAUUCUCAGCGCAGACUUCCUCACCAGCCAGCCGCCGUCUCUCCCCUUGCCGACCGGGCUUCCUGCGCGCUUGUACGCCCAGAGGCAGCCGCAGCAGCCCAGCCCCCCGCGCGAGAUGCCUUCUCUGCCGCCGACUCGACCAGGCUUCACGCGUGAUACCGUCGUCGACCCUGGCGAUGAUGCGGAGGAGCGCGUCGUUGUCUGCCCGGCCUGCGAUUCGGAGCUUGCCUACGACCCGACUGGCGGCACUUUGCAUAACACCGCGACAGGUGCCAAGAAGCGCAAACGUAUCGCUGGCGAUCACCAUUUCUGGGCUAUCAAGAAGUGCGGACACGUUUACUGUGCGGAAUGCUUCGAAAACCGUCGACCAACAAAGGCCAAUCCGGAUGGUGUGGGAUUUGCCGGACCAUUGGGAAAGCUGCCCCAGCAGGCACCGCACGAUCUGCGCUGCGCAGUUGAAGGCUGCGAUUCCAAAGUGGCCAACAAGACGGAGUGGGUGGGCAUUUUCCUGUAG